GGCGAGACUUUCUUCCGUCUCGCUUUGAGCCACAGAUAUAGCUCUCGCGAUAGUCGCCGCGCUAAACCACCACAGGGCCAAUAGAGUCUGCACUCUUUUCCUUCACGCGUCGAAAGGAAACAAAAUUUCCAACAAAAGAGGUUGGGGUCGUCGCGUCGGCGUUGCCCAAUCCUCUCCCAUCUCCCCCACCUCUCAUACUCCGCGCCGUUGCCGAUCUGGCCUCCAGUCAACUCCGGCGAGAUUGGAUUUGAUUGGAUUGAAGUUUACUGGACUGGAGCCGAUCCGAUCCGACCUGAUCGGACUCUGCUGGCAUCUAGCGAAGCUUGAGGAGGGGUCGCUCGCUGUCGCGGGCCACAGAUCUGCCGCGUCCGCCAUGGACGGCAACAAGGACGACGCUGUCAAGGCCCUGCGCAUAGGCAAGGACGCCCUCGACGCCGGCGAUACCGCCCGCGCCCUCAAGUUUCUGUCUAAGGCCAAGCGGCUGGACCCCUUGCUCCCCAUCGAUCACCUCCUCAACCCCCUCCUCAACAAGGAUGACCCGUCCUCCUCACCGGCCUCGUCAUCAUCGUCAUCUGCCCCACAUCCCCCACCGCCUCCGCCGUCGCGAGCUGCAUCAUCAGCAGCCGGUGCUGACGGCUUGAGGGAAAGGAAGCAGAAGGGCAAGAAGAAGGAUGGGGAGGAGGGCGGCGGUGAUACUGCUGGGGCGAGGAUGUACACGGAGGAGCAGCUGGAGGUGGUCCACCAGAUCAAGAAGCACACUAGGGAUUACUACAAGAUCCUGGGCCUCGAAAAGGACUGCACUGUUGAGGACGUGCGCAAGGCCUACCGCAAGCUCUCUCUCAAGGUGCACCCUGACAAGAACAAGGCCCCUGGUGCCGAGGAUGCCUUUAAGGCUGUCUCCAAGGCCUUCCAGUGCCUCAGCGAUGCAGAGAGCCGCAAGCGCUUCGAUCUUGUUGGUUCUGAUGAGCCGCCGGCAUACAACAGGAGGGCGGCAUCCACUGCCCGUUCAUACAAUGGGUUCUAUGAAGAUGACAUUGACCCGGAUGAGAUAUUCAGGAACUUUUUCUUUGGUGGGAUGGCUCCUGCCACCACCAGGCAGUUUGGGCAGUUUGGGACGUUCCAUUUCAGGACUGGCGGGAUGCAUCAUGCUCAUGGUGCGCAGCAGGGUUCUGGUGGCUCCACUGUCCGUAUGCUUGUUCAGCUCUUGCCUGUCCUGCUGCUUCUGUUGCUCAACUUCCUGCCAUCCUCUGAGCCAGUCUACUCCCUAUCCCGUUCCUACCCUUAUGAGUACAAAUUUCAAACCCAACGUGGAGUAACAUACUAUGUCAAGCUGCCUAAUUUUGAGGAUCAGUAUCCACACCAGAGCACUGAGCGUACAACACUGGAGCGGCAUGUUGAGAGGGAUUACUACUCGAUAAUAACACAGAAUUGUAGGGUUGAGCUGCAGCGUCGCCAAUGGGGGCUAGCCUACCAGACACCACACUGUGAUAUGCUUCAGAAGUUUGAGGCAACAGCACAGUAAUUCCUCCGAUGUCGCAAGGGUCGCGGCGAAACAGGAACUUUGGUCAUGGUGUAAAAGCUUUCCAAUACUUGCUCCGUUGAUUAUCUGUUUCAAAUUGGAGGCGGAACAAGUUAGUUUGGACUAGUAGUAAAUUUUGUGGAAUAAGUGCAUUCGAUGACUAUACACACCGCCUUGAUGUAUCUUAACAGUGUUAAGGCGUAUGCAGCCGUAACUACUUGAGAGGAUAUGCAAUUUGUUAGUAUGUUUCUUAGGGGCUGAACACAGUGCAGACAUGUGUAUGUAUAUGAAUCAUCUAUAUUUCUUCUGAUGUUAUUGAAGAAUAUAUACCUGACCUA